AUCCAUCAGACUGGUCGCACUCGCAGCUUCGCCCGAGCUCUCUGCACGCUGCACCCCAACAAACACUUCACAGAGCCGCCACGUCGAGCUCCGGGCAGCUUCGGUGAUCUCCGCGCGGAUUUUUCUCUCCAUCCGGACUGUGGGAGAGAUGCGACGUCUCGGAGGAGGAGGAGGAGACGAACUGGCCAGGCAGCAGCAGCAGCAGCAGCAGCAGACACCUGCGAGGAGGAUCUGAGUUUGUUUCUAUCACGUCAAAGAAAGGUUUAUUUCGGUCAUCACUAUGACUGAUGGGGAUUAUGACUACCUUAUAAAACUCCUUGCCCUGGGGGACUCUGGCGUGGGGAAGACCACCUUCCUGUACCGAUACACAGACAACAAGUUCAACCCCAAGUUCAUCACCACAGUCGGCAUCGACUUCAGGGAAAAGAGAGUGGUGUACACAACGUCCAACCCCAAUGGGACGACCACAGGGAAAACCUUCAAGGUUCACCUUCAGCUCUGGGACACAGCUGGACAGGAGAGGUUCCGCAGUCUGACGACGGCGUUCUUCAGGGACGCCAUGGGCUUCCUGCUGAUGUUUGAUCUCACCAGCCAGCAGAGCUUCCUCAACGUCAGAAACUGGAUGAGCCAGCUACAGGCUAAUGCCUACUGUGAGAAUCCAGAUAUCGUGUUAGUAGGAAACAAGGCGGACCUGGCUGACCAGCGGGAGGUUCAGGAGAAACAGGCCAAGGAGCUGGCCGAUAAAUACGGGAUCCCGUACUUUGAGACGAGCGCAGCCACAGGAGCAGAGGUGGACAAGGCGGUGAUAACGCUGUUGGACCUGGUCAUGAAGAGGAUGGAGCAGUGCGUCGACAAACCGCCCGCCGAGCCGGCCAACGGGAACGGGGCAACGAAGCUCGGCAACGCACAGCCCAACGAGAAGAAAUGUGCAUGCUAGAUCCAUCAGGAAACGACCAGUCAGCGCUCCUCUGUCGUCUGUCCUUUCUACUCCCCAUAUUCCCUCUUUUUUUUUUUUUACCUCCUGUCAUCUUUGAUUGCAUGUUUGUUUUUUUCAUAUUCUAGCGUUCACUCUUUCCUCUCUGAAACAAACUUUCCCCCCUUUUUUCCUUCUCCUCUUCCCAAACUGUCUGCCACUCUGGCAAUGAAACGACCCCCUCUGGUGGAUAUUCAAGGUAACAUAGUCCUCCGUCUGCCUUUGAGCUCUGUUCAGGAGGAAAUUAAAACAGGAGGGGACAGUUUUCAUCACUGUUGCACACAUAACGUGCCUCAUUUAGAGCGUGCAGCUUGGAAUUAAGCUCUGCAUGCUCCUGAUUUAUCUGCUCGCAAACCGUUUGGAUGAUUUAAAUGGAUCUAAACAAGCAAAAAGAUUUUUGGAGCUUUAAUUUGAACUCUUUUUGUCUGAUUAGUUCCUCACUUUGUAACAGGGGACGUUUUUGACUCCUGUUUGGGAGAGAGUUUAACAUCAGGCUGUCAGCAUUAACGCGUUAAUCACAGUACGAAUAAGGUCAUAUUUUUUUAAAUCGCAUUAAUCGCCGGCCAACAUUCCCGUCUUUUAGAGGCUUUACCAGGCUGAUUUUUGGAGCUUGAAUGAUGAUACUGGUAUCAUUUGAAACUAGAGGACCUGAGAAAUCCUGUGGUACCAACCACGCCAUGCUUCUCGGUAAGAGGGAAUAACCCUCCGAAGUUAGGCAAAAUUUUGGCGAUAGGAAAACGGCAUGGUCAUUUAACAGGCCUGACCUGACCUCAACAUAUAUGAAUGAAAAUGGGCUUUAUUAAUACCCAUGAGUCUCCCCUUUACCGACAUGCCCACCUUAUGUUAGUCUCCAUCCAGUUUUUUUGCUGUCAUUUGAUUCCUAAUGAAGACAAUCUGGUAAAAAUUGAUUUACUUCGUCAAUAUUAACUUAAAAACUGUUGGAAUUGAGAAUUGUGAUUAAAAAAAACGCAAUUAAUUGCGAUUAACUGUUUAAAUUCAACAAUUAAUCGUAACUUUAAAAAAAUUAAUUGGUUGACAGCCCCAAAAUUAAGUCAUUCUCCUGAAACUUUUCCUCCUGGACGAGGGUGAGCAACUGUGUGACCGUUGUGUAUUUUUCUUUUUUUUCCCUGCUUCACACUGUUUUCGAUGCUGUAUUCAUAUCUGUCACAUAUGGGGAUUUUACAGUGUUUCCAGCCGUUUUGUCUGGUUCCUUAGUGCAAGACGUUUGUUAAAAAUGCACCAAAUAGUGUUUUCUACAGUUAGCUAUGGUGUCACAUUGAAGGUCUUUGACAUCUGAGUGUUUGCUGCUGCUGCGGUGAAAAGUUUGAGAUAGUUUAACUUAUAGCGUUGAAUUGCAGCCACAUAAUACCUGCAGCCAGUCAGUAAACAAAGUUCUGUCGCUCCUGUGACAUGUUGACAAAUGUUACAAAGAAUUUCUUCCCGCCAAUUAGCACUCUGUCAGCCGCCUGGUCGGUCAUACUUUGCUUUUGCACAGCUGACUCUCCAUGAUGGUGUCAGACUCGGCUGACUGCAGAUUUGUAGAUUGUAUCAGUAUCAUUCAUACUGAAGGAUGAAUAUGGGUACAGCAUGACACAUGUGAAGUGGAGAAAAAAAACAUUGUGUAUCAUGAAUAGCGUGUCCUUGACCAGGAUAGACAUAUUGUUCCUAACUGAUCUACUGCCUUGGCUUUUAAAGCGUUAUUCCACUGUGCCGAAACAGACUUUUUUUCUGUGGGAGUUUGAGAUAAGUCAAAAUAUCAGCUGCUCUCUGGACGAUGGAAGAUGGUCUGUGUUUUUCAGAUAGAACAAACAUGAUAUGUAAGUGAACAUUAAAAAAGUGAAAUGAGGGGAGAGGAUUAUUGUAUCUAAUCAGCAUCAUUACGGUAGCUUUUCAGGGCAGCUGAUUUUCCAUUUUGACCUCUCAUCUCUAUAAUCAGACAAAGUGAAAUAUCGCUCUAAGGCCCCAUACAUGACCAAUGUUGUUAGACUAUAAAGUGACCAAUUAUUUAUAUUAAAAGAAAUGUAAAACAUA